ACACACGAAUCUGUUAUUUCUGCUUCAUAGUUUAUAGUGUGAUAACAAAGACAAUCGAUGAUUAAAAAUUUAAACCAGAUGUAACUAAUGUGUAAAUAGUACGCGCUAGUAACAUACGUAAAAUUAACAUCAAAACAAAGAAGCGUUAAAAUGACGUAGAUAAUGUCACGUGACAACGUGUCAGAACAUGGUGGAGUUGGUAAGGACGCUUUGAGAAAUCAGUGACUGGUAUAUCGAUUACUAGUGAACAAACACUUGAAGUCAGAAUGUCAACACAAAAACCGAAGUCUCAUGAUAAGGAUUCUUUAAAUUUUGACAAAUUGGAGAAGGAACUGUACGCAGCUGUAGAUGCAGAUAAGAAAUAUUGGCGAGAAAAUGAUGCAAAGUUCCGGGCAGUUGGACAAAAAGUUGAAACUUACGAAGAGUUUCAAGACAUUGUCAAAGCAUCACAUCUGAAACCUUUGGACAAGGGAGAUAACCUCAACGGUAUUGUGUUUGAUCAGCCCUGGAAUUCACAUGCAAUUAAAAUGAAGAAUGCUGCACCCCUUAAAUCUACAGGAGGUGAUCUUCAACAGAAUGACGAUUUACCCAAAAACGGACCAGAAUUUGCAAGAGACUGGCGACGACAUCACAAAACAGUGCAAAGUCAAUAUGGCUACCUGCUAAAAAUUGGAGGAGCACGUCUUGGGGAGAUGUUUAAAACAGAGAUCAGUUUUGGACUGUUGGGUGAUAUUCUUUCUGCUCUGUGUCAUGGAUUUUCAUCAUCAGACUCUACUGCUGUCCUUGCUGUUGUUGACGGAUUAUGUUCAGCAAACAGGUUCUCCCUCUCAGUGCAGUUUUUGAGUUCAAAGGAAAAGCAAGUUUGUUCAGACUUAUUUCAAAAACUUCAAUCAUCAAUUGAAAGUCAAACGGAGGCUGAUGGAAAGCAUAUGCAUGAUCGAUUAAAGGAACUAGAGAAAAUAUAUGAGCUGAGGUCUAAAUAAAAAGUUA